GCCACCAGGGGUUAGUUGUUGGAGCGCAAUGGCGGUGCACCGGGGACCUUCUUCGAAAUGGCUCUUUUCCCGGGAGCAACUAGAAACAACGCCGUCCCGCCGCAGUGGAGUCGAAUCUGAUAGGGAACUUUCUUACCGACAGCAAGCCGCCAACCUAAUUCAGGAUAUGGGCCAGAGACUCAACGUCUCUCAACUCAUCAUCAACACUGCAAUCGUUUACAUGCAUAGAUUUUAUAUGAUUCACUCUUUCACUAAGUUUCAUAGGAAUAUCAUCUCCCAAACAACCUUGUUCCUGGCUGCGAAGGUGGAGGAACAACCUAGGAAGCUUGAACAUGUCAUCAAAGUGGCCCACGCCUGCGUCAACCCCCAGGAUGCCCCACUAGACACCAAGAGCAAUGCAUACCAUCAGCAAGCUCAGGAGCUGGUGAUACUAGAAACGAUAGUACUGCAGACGCUAGGUUUUGAAAUAACAAUUGAACAUCCUCACACUGAUGUUGUGAGAUGUUCCCAGCUAGUGCGAGCAAGCAAGGAUUUGGCACAGACUUCCUAUUUCAUGGCUACCAACAGCCUCCACCUCACCACGUUCUGCCUGCAGCACAAGCCCACAGUCAUCGCCUGCGUCUGUAUCCACCUGGCCUGUAAAUGGUCCAACUGGGAGAUCCCGGUCUCCACUGACGGGAAACACUGGUGGGAGUAUCUGGACCGCACCGUCACGCUCACACUGCUGGACGAGCUGACCAAUGAAUUCCUGCAGAUUCUGGAGAAGACGCCCAGCAGGCUGAAAAGGAUACGUAACUGGAGGGUAGGUUCUGCUCUCACAACUGGUGCCACGCAAGCUGCCAAGAAGCCCAAGAUGGACAGCCAAACGGGCGACACCUCCUUCCAAGGGACCUCCUCAUUGGACGGCAUCACCGGUGUGGCCGGCAGCAACUCAUUCUUCUCUUCGUCUCUGUCAGACUCUGGGGAGAUGGCUUCGCUAGAUGACAUGUCUAUCCCGUUCCCUCCCUACCAGGCCCUGGCUGGGGACCACGCUGAGCUGCUGGGGCUGGACCAGGGCCUUGCCUUUCUUCCUCAAGCCAUCCCUUCAAAGUACCCAUCAGGCAAACACGAACACAAAACGGCCAGUGCAGGCAAACAUCCACAGGCCCUGCCCAAUAACCCCUCGCCCUUCACCCGCCCCCCACAGAAACUCUCCCUGGAUAAGUACAGAGAGAAACAGGCAGCAGACCUGCAGAACGGUGUUCGAGAGGAGCAGAGCGGUGUGGACAUGUACCAGUCCCCCGCCCUCCCUCACCACCAGUCCCAUAAAAGACGCUCCCAGCCUGGGCAGGGUGUCCCCCAGCAUGGGGACAGCAGGAGGGACAAGGCCAGCUCUAAAAAGACACGAGGUCUCCCACCACAGGCCUCGGCGGUUGAGAACGGCGUUGCGGCCAGCAACGAGGAGCUAAAGAUGAGAAUCAAAGUAUCAGCUGAGAGGGACCAGGGCGGCCAUGUUGGUGUCCCACAGGGCAAAGAGAAGUACAAAGACCACUCUGGCCCCAGCAGACACCCCAAGCACGGCCACUCGCACCCCUAUUCCCUCAGCGGGAACGGGCGAGGGGCCAUCGACCCCGCCCUGGCACUCAGAGUCCUCGGGGGCCAUGGUAGCGACCUGGGGGGCUCCAGUUCCUCCUCCAGGAAACGGGCCAACCCUGACGUCAGUAGUCACAACAACCACCACCACUCUGCUAAGAGCAGCAGGAGUUCCAAAGGUGCCGGAGGCUCCUCCCACUACUCUUCAGACGGUGGUGGCGGCCCGAGGACUUUGGAGAGACACCACGGUGGCCCGGAGGGGUCAAAUGGAGUGCUGGGGUCUAACGGCCAACACACCGACUACAAAGACACUUUUGACAUGCUGGACUCUCUGUUAAGUGCCCAGGGAAUGAACCUGUAAAUUCAGACAGAGUUAGUUGCUUAGCCUGGGUGCAGGCGGUUUGGCUCUCUUGCCAACUCUGUCCAAACAUGUUUGGCUUGACAUUUGAGUUGGCAAGACUGGACAAACAGAUCUGGAUAGUAGGCUAGGCAGGAGUUGUUGGAUAGAGAGAAAAUAAUUCUGAAAAAAGGUUUUUAUGAUUUAAAAACAAGUAAAAAAUGAUUUUAUAACUUUGAAGUUAUGUGAAAGUAACUUCAUCACCCAGUCAGUCAGUCCUGUCCACACACGGUAAUAAUUACUGAUGCUUUAAGGAUCUUCAGAAAUGUCCACAACAUGAUAUAUACACAGUGCUGUAAUGCUACUUGUCUGCUUGCUAAAAACCCUGGGAGCCACGUUCACUGGUUCUGUGAUUGACAAAAUUCCAGAUUUUAAUUCUGUUCUUUUAAGGAGAGAAAGAGAAGUCUGUCUUUUUAUUUGUUAUUAAUGAUGUGCAUGUUUCAAUCACAUAAGGAAAGAUAGCAGCCUGGUGGCGGUUCAGUGUCCACGUAAAUGCGUGUACGUUUUUGUACGUUAAGAAACAAACUUAUUCCUUGAAAUACUCAGGUCUUGAAACUUUUUUGAUAUAAAGAAAGAAAUAAAUCUUCCUCUUGGCAUAAUACCUGUA